GGAUGUAUACGGAGCACCAAUCAUUUAUGGAUCAGAUCCUCUUCUUCGUUCCUUCCUUUCCGUUCUUGUUUUUUCCGUGCGGCGACUUCGACGAAGAACGAGAAAGAGGGAAAACAUCCAGUUGUCAUCUUCGCCGAUCGUCGUCAUCGUCCCCGUGCCGUCUUCAAUCGUCGGGUUUCCCUCUCAGCCGGAGUUCUUUCUUUGUAAUUAAGACACACUGGUUGAUAAAGGUUGAGAUUUGGGGUUGGUUAUUGAUGGGCUUGUUUGUGUAUUGAAAUUUUGCCACACUCUUAUUGUUACGGGUUUAUAUAGUGUGGAGUUUUCAUUGGUUACAACCUUACCUUCUUUUUUUUAAGUGGUAGAUGAGGUUGCUAUAUUAUUUACUCCUAAAUGGGCAAAUUCAUGUGAUGCCUGAGGACAGGUCUUCAAUUUUUUUCACGUGAAUCAAGAGAGUGGUUGUUA